AAUCUGCUCUAAAAAGCAUUAAAAAUGCAUAUUUUGCACCUAAUUAAAAAAAAUGAAUACCCUCAAUACAGUAGUAGGGGUCUCGCAAAUCGCGUGCCGCACAGGGCCUCGUGGUGCCUGACAUCGCCAUUGGUGAAGAAGUCUUAACACAUAACCACGAAAGGAAAGGUAAUGGUACAUUUAAGCAACAACAGUUGAUAAAUUCAUUAAAGAGAAAACGUGAAGAACUCUUUCACAGAGCAACCAUCUAAAAUUAAACGGGAAUCAAUUCGGCUCAAAAUACCUUUUUCAAACGGGAACCAUUUCGGUAGGUAUCAGCCGAGUUAACAGCUAAUCUUAUCCUGGCUACGCCAUUGAUAUAAAAAUAAAAAUAUUACGUAAUUUGAUGUAAAUUAUAAAAUUGACUAAUUAGUAUAUAAGUGUACCUCACGAGAGAGGGGGGAGUAUCGCCCCAAUUACAUCUUUACCCAUAAGGAUGCUCCUGGGUUGUGGGCUAUUCGAAAGACAACACAAAUAUACAAUGGUAGGUAUUACAUUUUUGGCGGGUGUCUUAGGCUUCCGUUUACCGUGUGAUAAGAAUACUAGGCGAUAACAGAUCAGUGAUAGCACUUUGAAUGAUAUUCUAAAUUGCAUUAUCGUAUUGGCUAACGAUCUGGUGAUAGCGAUCGGCUCAUCGCUCCUAGCCACAAUGAUUUUCGCAUAACUUGGUGUUCGUUGUGGAUCAAAAACAACGAUCAGCGGUGGCGGUCAACCGAAUUGUAGUCGAUCUCACGUUAAUGUCCUUUUCCCUCGUUUUGAUUACUUAAUUCGCUUAAAUCAUCCCGUAUACAUAUUACACUCCUGCCGCCGGUACAACGAAUCAACCCCUAUGUUCAAGUUACACUAUUUAAGAUUGAGAUCUCGGUACAUGCUCUUCUGUUUCCUCACCGUGUUUUCGUUUAGUAUUUUGUUCGUGAUGUUUCAAAACAGUCUUAGCAGACCGGCCAUCGAGACUCUAGUCACCGAGACGCACAAGCAGAUCAAUAACUUCAAAAAUUUCAAAGAUAAUUUAAAGGUCGCUGAACAAAAAGAACUUGUGGUUAACAGAGAUUAUUUGUUUUCUUUGGGAUUUGUUAAGAAACCCUUGAUUUACCCAAACACGUCCUGGAAGAAUACGAGUUUACCUGUUGUUGUUACUUAUGUUCUGGAUGAUGAACACAGCCAAGCCAUCGGACUAGUCAUGUGUGUUGCAAAGUACUUACCAGACCAUGGAAUAUUAGUGUACAAUUUAGGAAUAUCUGGAUAUAAAUUACUUCUGGUGCAAACAUUUUGCAAAAAUGAUACCCAUUGUACAAUUAUUGAUUUUGAUUUAUCAAAAUUUCCUUCUCAUGUAAGUCACGAACAUAUCAAAGCAUAUCGACCACUUGUAUUGCAGGAUGCGUUGAAUCGAGCCGGUGCUGUGAUGUUUCUCGAUCCAAACGUUCGAAUUAUAUCACCAAACAUUUCGAAACUGUUCUCAAUUUACAGCAAUAAAUCAAUAGUUGGUUGGGAAACCAGAAUAGCAACAACAACUCUUACCCAUCCAAAAAUGUUUGACUAUUUUCGUACUCCUGCUGAUAAUUUUUUCUUUUUGCCUCUGGUCUUGGUUGAUAAAUUAAUUGUGUAUAACACCUUGGACUUGCAUCAAGAUAUUAUGCUGCCAUGGAUUCAAUGUGCUUUAAUUAGUGAAUGUAUAUCUCCUAUUGGGGCUCAGACUAAAGGUUGUAGAUACAACAAAAAACCGCAAUACAGAUAUUCUAGUUGUCAUGGGUACGAUGUUUCAGCAUUUAACAUUGUAUUGGGUAUUCAUUAUCAAUUUGAUAGUACCCCUUAUGUUAUCAAAGAGAAUUCAAAUGAUUAUUUUACAAAAGUUACUACAAGGGAAGCAGAACUAUUUCUACAAAAUUUAAUUUUGAAUAGAACAGAUACACCUUUAGUAACGUAAUUGAGUACACUUUGUGUUCUAUUGACUGGUAACAAUGACCAACAUUUUUACUCAUUUAAUAUAGUGCUAAUUAUUGUUGGGUGUUAAAAUGUGCUCCGUUAAGUAUUUAUAACAAUCAAAUAUUCAUUCACAUUAUAGAAAAAUUAUAAAAGAGCUCUUUAAUGUAUCCAAUGCAUUUAUAUUACUUUGAAUGGAAAAUUUUAUUGAUGACUGGGUUACAAAUCUAUAUUUUAUAUACAUAAUAAAAACUAAAUAUUGUUAAUUAACCAUAAUUUUUGUAGAUAUAUGUCAUGCAUGUGAGAAUAUAUCAAUAUUUAGAAUUUUCAUGUUUCA